CACCCAUCAGUUAUAACUUUUAGUUUGUGCGAAAAAGAUGGCUAAAAUGUUGAAAAUCGGAAUUUUAUUGUUACUCGUUGCAACUGUUGUGAACAGUGCUCCAAUUGGUAGAAACGUUUUACUUCGGUCAAUUUUAGGCGUUGGAGGUGGAACUGAUGGCGAUCAACCUAAAAAGGAAACUGAUGAAACAGAAGCAAAUGGAGCAGUCACUGACGGGUUCAGACCACCAACAACACCAGCAUCUACUAGGUAUACAAAGGAACCCGCAGAAGUAGUAAAAAAAGCAGAAACAACGCCAUCUAUAUCAGACAAAGCUAUUAAAACUUUAAUUGGAGUGGAUGACAAAGAAAAUUAAUUCAAAUUUUCAUUUGCUUCAGAAAAAUGAUUGAGACCGAAAAAUUUUAAUUCGAAAAGCUUAAGAAAUAAAGAUACUUUACAUAAAAA